AGAGAUUGGAAUCAUUUCCAUACUAUUUUUGGCAGAGAUUUUAUUCCAAAUUCAAAAAAAGGAUUCUCCAAAUAUGAAAAAACAAAUCGUGAGGGAGUUCAUUACGGUGAAAAAGGUGCGCUACUUGCCACGGGACCCAUCGCCGCCACCACCGCCGCCGCCACCGCCCCCACGCCAUGUGCUCGUGGUGGGUAGCUGCACCCUGGAUCUGGUCACGGUGUGUGAGGUUCAUCCCACGGCCGGCGUGGAUCAGCGCACCAGCGAGGGUUGCUGGCGGCGCGGCGGUAGCGCCUCCGACAUGUGCAGCGUUCUGCGUCGGCUGGGAACGGCGUGCGAGUUCCUUGGGCGACUGAGCAGGGCCAGCGCCUUCGAGGAUCUGCUCACCAGCUUCCGCUCCAUGGGCAUCGACAUCUCCCACUGCCCAAUGUCGGCCCACCAGCCGACGCACCGCAGCAUCAUCACGAUACGCGGCUGCGAGACGCACACCAUCCUGGAGUACUCGAAUCGCCGGCAGGAGCUCACCUUUCAGCAGUUCAUUGGCGCCAUCGACUACCAGCGGUACUCGUGGGUGCACUUCGAGUGCCGCAAUCCCUUGGAAACGGUGCGCAUGAUCCGGGCCGUGCGCGCCUUCAACGAGCGCUGCCCGGAGGCGAGAAUCAUUCUGUCCGCUGACCUGGCCAGCCUGAAGAGGCCCAGCCUAAUGGUGGCCGACCUGGUGGAUUAUGUGUUUGUCCGCAAGCAGCUUAAGCAGGCGUAUGCCUUCAUGAACGGCCACGAGACGGUGUGGGCCGUACGCGACGGAUUACGUCAAGUGCGUGCCGAAUGGGAGAGGAAUCAGCCCCGAAAGACGCCCCACCCCACACAGGGCACUCCGCCCGUGGACCCAAACAUAUGCCUGGGUCCACCUCAGAACGGCCCCACCAUUAUCUACAACAACUAUGCGGAGGGCGCCAGCUGCCUCCUGCCCGAUAAUACGUUCUUUAAGGUGGGACCGCAUACGCCUCAAAAGAUCGUGGACGUGAUCGGUGAGAACGCGACGUUCGUGGCGGCGGUGAUCUAUGCUUUGCUGGAGGCAAAGCUGCACCUGCGUGACGCCCUGGAGUACGGCACUCGGGCGGCCGUCUUCAAAGUGCAACAGAACGGAUUCGAUGGUCUGCGCUGCCUGCCCAAGAAUCUCAUCGGAUGCUACUAUGCCUGAGGUCAUGACCGAACUGGGUUAUCGCGCAUCGUUCCUCUUAACACGAGUUUUGGCCUUGAGUUUGGCUGGAAAAACACAAGCAACAGCUGAAGAAUCGUUUUGAAUCGAAGUGUACAGAUUCAUUGAUCGUUGUUUAGUUAAUCAUCCAUCUGGAAGCAUGUCGUGGCUGUCGAUAAGAUGUCGCGCAGAAUGUGUAAUUCUCUGAUAAGACGGUGCUGGGACUGGGGCUCAGAUAUUGACUGAGGGAAUUUUCAUUAGCAUUAAUAAUCGAAUGUCAAUGCAAUCUCGGCAGCGAUUGGUGAGCAAGCAAAACGAUGAUGUGAUGUGAUGUGGAGGACAUAAAAAGGUAGUCGUAGUCAAACCAG